AAACAAACCCAAAACUCUUGCCACCUAAAACGGUCAUUCCCGCCCUAAAACUCUGCCACGUUGACCCCCCUCUCUUGUGUAGCAAAUAAAACACAAAAACUUCCCACCUCCAUUUCCUCUCUCAUCAAUCCAUCAAUAAUCAUGAGUCCAGAGGGGCUUCUUGCAUCAGCAGCGAUCAACAUAGGGUUAGCAAUGGCGGUGCUGUGUAUCUUCUCCAUCCUCAAGAAGCAACCUUCGAAUUCCUUCAUCUACUACGCUCGUCGUCUCGCUAAUAAUGAUCAACAGCAACAAUCCGUCACUUUCGAUGGCUUCUCCUUCCGCCGAUUCUUGCCCUCUGUUUCGUGGUUUCCGCGCGCUCUUCGUGUUCCUGAGGAUGAUAUUCUCCGCAAUUUUGGCCUCGAUGCGCUUAUUAUCAUCCGUCUCUUUAAAUUUGGUAUCAGAUUCUUUGUGGUCUGCUCAGUGAUCGGGUUGCUAAUACUUGUUCCACUCAAUUACUACUCUCAGCCCUCGCAGCCAAACCAUUCACAUUACAUGAAUUCGUUUACCAUAUCAAAUAUCAGGGCAGGGUCUAAUAGGUUGUGGGUGCACUUUUCUUGCUUAUGGUUCAUAUCCUUUUAUGGAUUGUACAUGCUGUAUAAGGAAUAUGCAGAGAUUUUGGCUAAAAGGACCCUAUGGCUUCAUAAUUUAAAGGAUCGACCUGAUUACUUCACUAUAUUAGUUCGAGAAAUCCCACUUUGCACUGAACACAGAAGUUAUGGAUGCAGUGUGUAUCACUUCUUCACCAGACAUUAUCAACAUUCUUUUCAGUCAUAUCAAAUGUUGUAUGAUGGGAGGGAUCUUGAUUUGCUGCAUGAACAGGCAACCUCGAUACAAAGAAAAAUAGAACAACUGCGAGAGAAGUCCAUGAAAAAGAAGUCUAACAAUAAGGGGUUUCUUAUUGAACCACUGAGAGGAGAUGACUCAAAAAUUUCAGUGCUGGAGGAAAAGCUUCACAGGUUAUGUGAAGUUAUCUGUGGUAUGCAGCAUGAAACUGUGCUUCAGCAGAUGGAGUUGCCUGCUGCUUUUGUAACAUUUAAGUCUCGGGUUGGAGCUGCACUUGCUGCACAGUCUCAGCAGCAUCCAAAUCCUUUCAUGUGGAUCACAGAGCAAGCUCAAGAACCUAGAGAUUUAUUAUGGAAGAACUUAUCAACACCUUCUCGGAGGUUGUUGCUGUACAAAAUUGGGUUCUUUCUUGCUGCAACACUUCUCACAAUUUUCUUCGCUGUCCCUGUAGCAGCUGUUCAAGGUAUAGCAAAAUUUGAAAGGCUUAGGAAGUGGUUCCCUCCAGCGAUGGCCGUACAAUUAAUACCAGGAUUAAGAUCAGUUGUAACGGGAUACCUCCCUAGUCUUAUUCUCAAUGGAUUUAUCUACAUUGUUCCUUAUUCGUUACUUGGGAUCGCUAAGUUAACUGGCUAUUCCUCCAGGAGUCAGACAGAGAUUAAAGUCUGCAAUAUGGUGUUCUACUUUCUAGUUGGCAAUGUUUUCUUCUUGAGCUUGUUAUCAGGAUCUCUGCUCGAUGAACUCGGUGAAUCUUUCAGCCAUCCAGGGGAUUUUCCUAGCCGCUUGGCGCGUGCUGUUGCAGCUCAGGCUGACUUUUUUACAACAUACAUCUUGUCAGAUGGAUUGUCUGGUUUUUCACUGGAAAUACUGCAGGCGGGCCUGCUGACUUGGGAUGCCAUAAAGAGACAUACAUUUGGUCGGGGAAAGAAAAGAUCUCCUUAUCUAUAUUCGCUACCUUAUUUCAGGGUUAUCCCUUUUGUUUGUCUGUGCUUGCUGAUCGGCAUGGUUUAUGCGCUUGUUGCACCCUUGCUACUUCCAUUUGUUGUUGGCUAUUUAUACAUAGGAUAUGCUGUCUACAUGAAUCAGAUUGAGGAUGUAUAUCCAACUGUGUAUGAGACUUGCGGACAAUAUUGGCCAUAUGUUCAUUCUUACAUCUUUUUUGCCUUGAUUCUCAUGCAAAUUACUAUGGUUGGUCUUUUUGGAUUGAAGUCAAAGCCAGGGGCAUUAGUUGCCACAUUACCACUUGUCGUGUUUACUUUGCUGUUCAACGAGUAUUGCAAGCUCCGCUUUCUUCCUUCUUUCAGCCAAAAUACAAUCCAGAAUCUCAAGGAGGAGAGAUUGACGAGAAAGAAAAUACACUGGAAACCAACUCCCAGAAUGCAGCAGAUGCAUUUCGCCCACCUUUCUUGAGACCAAUUAGCUCUGCUGAAGAAGGAUCAAGCUCUAAUCAGCAACCAGUCUAUUUUUCUAGCUGAUGCCAGAGCCGUAAAUUAAGUUAACAAGCCCGUCUUGAACUGUCUGCAUAGCCUCAGUGAUAUUCUGAUUGGCUGGUGGCCUUUCAGCAAGCUGUGCAGGACAUGCGAGAAACAUAAACAUAGUCCUUGGCAGAAUUUAGCAAAAAUUCUAGGGCAAACUCAACCACAACAAGAAAAAAUGUUCAAGUCAAAAUUGCAAUAGUAUUGCCAACAAAAAAAAGUGGAAUUUACCUGAAUAUGAAACAACAAAAGAAGGGCCUGAUCAUUGUCGGUUGUUUAAAGCUUAUGUUAUUGUGAAUGGGUCCGUUUUUCAAACUAAAUGUCCAUGCAAUUGUUCUAAGAAAGCCCAGGAUUCAGUUGCUCGAAUUGCAUAUGUUCAUUUUGAUGGUAAACUUCUUCAAUUAUUUUAUCUAUCAAAUCAUCGAUUUUUUUGCUUUUGUUUUUUAAGUCUAUCUUAUCUACGGUUAUGAUGAGUCAAUGUAAUUGUACUAUUUGGAUUGAGCCUGGCGUAGGGUGGAGUUUCCACACUAAGGACACUAUUAUCCGUACCCUAGAGAAAAUUUCAUGUCUUUUAAGUUGAUAUUUUCCACACUAAGCACGACAAAUUGUGGAAAUAAGCACAAGUAAAAAUGACAAAUUUUAAUGGAUAUUUCAUACAAUAUAAAUACAAUUUAAAUGCUCAAUUCCAGUAAGUUUAAAGGAUGAUAUUUGGGUGGAUACCACCAAAAUGUAGCCAUUGUAACAGGCUCAAUCCAAAUCGUACAAUUACAUUGGCUCAUCAUAACCGUAGAUAAGAUAGACUUAAAAAACAAAAGCAAAAAAUCGAUGAUUUGAUAGACAAAAUAAUUGAAGAAGUUUACCAGCAAAAUGAACAUAUGCAAUUCGAGCAACUGAAUCCUGGGCUUUCUUAGAACAAUUGCAUGGACAUUUAGUUUGAAAAGCGGACUCAUUCACAAUAACAGAAGCUUUAAACAACGGACAAUGAUCAGACCCUUCUUUUGUUGUUUCAUAUUCAGGUAAAUUCCACUCUUUUUGUUGGCAAUACUCAGCUUGAAGUGACGUACAAGUGGAGGACUACCUGCUCCUUGCCUCAGUGGCGAAGCCAGCAGGGGGACAUGGGGACAGAUGUUGGGCAUGGGCAGACGCGUGAAGGUGAGAGGGAGAGAAAAUGAUUUUGAAAAGAACACGCUGAAACUCAGUGAAAGGAAGAGAGAGACUGAGGAAGAGGAAACUGAAAAAGAGACCCUAAACUCGCGGCGGAGGAACAACGAUGGUCGACCGCAAUUUCGCAUUUGUCGGAGUAACGACGACGAGCGGUGAGGAUUGAGGAAGAGGAACGAAGUCACGAACUUCGAACGAAGGAGUCGGGAGUGGUGAGGAAGAGCCGAGGAGGAACGUAGCCACGCCGCCACCACCACCACCGCCCACGUCCUUCGUCGUCGUCGACCUCUCGAGACGCCCAACACUCACUGACUGUGUCGGUCAGGCAAACUCAACCACAACAAGCAAAAAUGUUCAAGUCAAAAUUGCAAGAGUAUUGCCAACAAAAAAAGUGGAAUUUACCUGAAUAUGAAACAACAAAAGAAGGGUCUGAUCAUUGUCCGUUGUUUAAAGCUUAUGUUAUUGUGAAUGGGUCCGCUUUUCAAACUAAAUGUCUAUGCAAUUGUUCUAAGAAAGCCUAGGAUUCAGUUGCUCGAAUUGCAUAUGUUUAUUUUGAUGGUAAACUUCUUGAAUUAUUUUGUCUAUCAAAUUAUCGAUUUUUUUGCUUUUGUUUUUUAAGUCUAUAUUAUUUACGGUUAUGAUGA